AUGAACGGCUUCGUUUCGUCGACGGAAAAUUUGUCAACGCAAUUUCGCUACAGAAUAAUGUCUGACCCGCAACCCAAUCAGCUCGUCACAUGUCCUUAUAACAAGGCUCACCAGGUGGAACACUAUAGGAUGCACAUUCAUCUACAGAAGUGUAGGAAGCAGCAUCCGAACUGCAACAAGAGCACGUGCCCGAUUGAUUCAACGCAUAUCGUAAACGAUGUAGAACUGGACACCAAUAAGAAACAACGUGUAAAAAUCGGUACAUUUGAAAGCAUUGAUAUGCCCAUAAUUUGUGGUGUGGCGCACGGCAGUGUGGGCCAGAGUCUCUUUCUUGUUUAUAUAAACGAGCUUUGUGAUAAGCCGAGUAAUGCUACUAUAUUUUCCUAUGCAGAUGACACUGCAUUAAUAUUCAGGGGUGAGCCGAGGUCCGAGUCUCUAGAGGCGCCCUCUAAUCAUCCCGACCCCCAGCAUCGUACACCAGAGUCCAGGGCGACUCUACGGCCGAGUGGAGACACAUCCUCGUGGGGUGAUGCCCUCCUUUAUCACAUCACCGUGUGCCCCAAGAGACAUCUGUUGGACACCCAGAUGUAUGUAGUGGACGACGAACAGAGGCCGCCAGUGGAAGUUCAGCCGUUACCGUCGAUUUCACAAGCGCAAGAAGAAAAUUGGGAUGACGAGGUUAGCACGUCCUAUACACCAGAUCCUUCGAAGAAAGGUUCACAUAUAAUAAAAAAAGUCAAAGGCGCCACGCCCUCCGAGAGGAGAAAAGCUCGCAUGGAAGGCGUAAGGACUUACAGACCACCGGAGGAUUCUUAAAUUAAUGUAAAUAUAAUGUAUUUAAUAUACAUGCGAGCAAAAAAAUGGGAACACAUUAUCUGGAGAUUUUUUGAAUACUAUAAAAGUAAGUAAAUACUCUUAAAUUAUAAAUAAAUAUUGACCUUAUUAUUUCAUUUAAAGUCGCUCAUUUCCACAUUAUAAAACAUCUUGCAAAUAACAAUAACAGCUACAUAUUAUACCUUUACCUUAACUGGUAUUAAAUUAUUAAACGUUAAGGUACAAAGAAUAUUCAGGCAAAACCGCUACUAGGUUAUUUCAGUAAGAAUCUAAUAUUUAUCUGUUUAUUUACAGAAAUGUGUUACAUUUUAUUUGCUCGCCAGUUUACAAUUAUUAUAUAAACGAAGACGCCAUUUUGUUAAUGUUGAAAUUUAUCGACGUUAAAUCGAAAUAAAGUUUAAAGCGGACUCUUCAUAUAUUCACAAAUGAAGCGAGAAAUAUUGACACUUCAUAUUAUUUUUUUAAUAUCAAUACAGGGUUAAAACACAAACCAUAUUUAAGGAUUAUAUGGGCGACAUGAUAAACUACUUUUUUUUUCUUUAGGAGUUUUGAUAAUUCGUUAUAUAUUUUAAUUUCAUAUAUUUUAGAAUUUAAUUAAAUUCACUUUAGGUAGAUUCAAUUGAGAUGCGACUGUAACUUAAACAUUAUCAGAGCUAUUAAUAAACAAGGUUUAGCGUCAGAGUAAAUUAACGCUAAAAUUCCAAUUUUAGAUUUUAUUAUUAGACCAAACUCAUAUUACACAGAGAAUAAGCAAACCUACUACCUUCUAGGAGUAUAUAUUACCCACGUAGAACCUCGCACUCGGUAAACCUUUGCCAAGUCUCUGUAUAAUAAUAUGAAUUUUGACUAAUACUAAGUGCAGUCUCAGCGUAAAUUUACUCCGACUCAAAACCUUGUUUAUUAAUAACAAUAGCAGAAUUGGCAACCAUAGUUAAAAUACAUAUAUAAAAAAAUCUUUUAUAAAUAACCCUAUAUAUGAAAAUAAAAUUACAUCAUAAAAAUGUUAAGACCACGUCACAGGACAUAGCCGUACAAGAUGUCCCUUAACUGUCAAUUAAAGUUUGGAAGUAUUUUUGAGUUAAGUAUAAAACUAUUUAUAAGUGUGCUUAAAGCAAAAUGUCUGCGAUCGAUUUUGGACUUAAAAGUCAUUGUAUAAGGUUUAGAUUUAAUAAAAUUACCUAUAGCUCUUGUUGAUUUUAUUUGUUUAAAAUAAUAUAUGCAAUAUUAUUAUAUGCCAGGACUUCGUGGGAUAUAUUAGUUAGGUAUACUGAACAACUUUUACUAUGGGAGCAACACUGAAUUCAUGAAAAAAUGCGUAUUACAAUUUUAUAUGAAACAGCUGAUUGGUUUUUCGUGAAUUCAGCGUUGCUGCCAUAGUAAAAGUUGUUCAGUAUGCUUAACUUAUUCAUUCCACGAAGUUCUGGCACAUAAUAUUACACCUUAUAUGUCGAACAUGAUAAUCAACAUAUUAAGAGUAUUUUCUUCUGUAAGUCAAAAAUAUCUUUAUUCAAAUAAACUUACUAAAAGUACUAUUGAAUCGUCCGACGUUCCUUUCCCCUACUACUCGUUCUGGACGUCUUUUGGCUAAUAAGAAGAACGCGCCAGAAACUCGCCAGAUCUAAUACAAUUAAGUAAAGUUUAAAGAGACAAUGUAAUUACCUAAUCAAUAAAUACAAUAUUAAAUAAUUAUGUGUAAUAAAUAAAUGAAAAACGACCAAAUAAUUUAUAUAAAUAAAAUGUAUAAUGGUUAAUAAAAUUUUGUUAAGAAAUUAAAUCAUAAAAAUAUCACAAAUUAAGUUCAUUUUCAACUUUCAAAGCCUGCGAUGACUGUUUUUGAGAACACUUAUGUUGAUUGUCAUUUAUGACGUGGAUGUAGUUACCAAACUGAAAUUUAUAUAUAGCUGACGCUAGAUGGCGCUUUUUGUGAUAAUUUGAUGUUAGUUUAUCAAUGGCAUGCAUAAUGUGACCAUUUUUUUCAUGUGAAAAGGGGACGCCGACGGAAUUUUUUAAAUAGGAAAAUAUCAUAUUAUAUUUAAUUUACAAGCUAAAUACAAAUAAUGAUUUGAAAUGUGACUCAUUAGAUGUGGUAUCUUACCCUCACUGUAAAAUAUGGUUACAUUAGGCAUGCAUGCUCAUUCGAUAAUAUGUUUUGCGUCUUUUAUUAUACCUAAUUUUAAUGAUUCAAUCUGUGAAUCCGGUUCAGUUUCUUAUAUACUUGCGCAAAUGAUAAAUUAUUCUGAAACUUACAAAUGAAAGUAAAUACAUAGAUUAGUAGAAAUAAAUUUCGUUUAAUUCAUUGAUUAUUUAUAGACUAAGAUUUAAUUCAGCUAUAGUAUUAGCGUGAAACAUAUUUUAAGUGAAUGUGGUUGUUGAUAUCGUUAAAAAAUAAGAAUAUAAGUGUAAUCACAUUUCUUUGUAUGGAAAUUUGAUAUUUUGUUGUGAAAAUUGUGCUUAACUCUGUAGUUAAAAAAAUAAUUUGAAAACAAGACACUGAUUUUCUAGAAAUCAGUUAAAAUAAAAUUGUGAAAGUCGCUUAAAUGACUUGUUAUGACAAAAAUAUUAUACAUAAAUAUCUUUAUUCUACGGACAGGUAGAUAUGUGUAAACGUCUUGAUUUUUUUUUCUCAUUAAUUUUAAUUAUUGAUUUAAUUUUGUACCUAAUUCUAACAUUGACUAUGAUUUUGUGAAUUUUACGUCUUUAUAAAAUAAAAUGUUUGAUCG